GCGGCAUGCUUGCUGGGGCUCCUUGGCCACAAUUUGGCUUCCCAUUUGCGAAUGGAACUGCGUCAAUGCCACUACCGUACUACGCCAUGGCCGAUCAGGAUUGUACGACAGGGUUUGCGUUACCGCCACCUUGUGUACCCGUUGAGGCAGCAGGAGCUGGGUCUUCCUUUAGCUGGAGCGGAAUGGAGCAGAGCUCUCCUUCAGUGAGUGGCAUCAAUUUCGCUGAGAGCGUGACAUCGCCGACUCAGGUCUUUUCACUUCCUUGGUGCGACCCGUCGUCGUCCGACGCAGGGUCUCCUCUUGAUUGGCAGCGUCUCGUUCCGAUGCCUCAGAUUGAGUUACGAGGAAGAUGAAUCAGGCGACUUUAUUUACUUCCAGAGCAAGUAUACAUACAUAGUCGUAGUUUAUUUUCCUCAUGUAUCCCAACAAGCUAGUCCCGCAUUGCAAUAUAUAGUCGUACAAAUGUUUAGCCAGAGAAAGUAGAUUCCGGUUUUUUCAUCACCACAUACGUAUUAAUCACAUGCGCAUAGUAACUUAUCAAGUAUUUCUGUUUCUUGGAGCAAGACAAGAAGUUUUUUUUACGUUGCUCUUGUCCUAGAUGAAUCAUGACAUCUCUAAUCUCGGUGCGGAAAUCUCUCACGCCGCUAGUACCGCAGUCGAAGGAAGAGAAAAAAGAAGCCAUGGAAGCUGAGAGAAGACGGAAAGACGAGGAGCGCAACCAAGCCAUACAGAGACGAAAAGCACUUGAAAACAUGCAACGAAUGCAAGAAGUUCUCAUGGUUACAACUGGUUGUUCUGCAAAAUCUGAAGCAUCAGACAUCGGCGGCGGUCCCUUAAGCUCGGCAGGUGCUUCUUACAGAAAUCGUGACUAUGGCCCUUUUUAGGAUUGUUUAUGUACUAGUAAGUCUCGCAUGACAGGAUGUAAGUCUUUUUGUUUGGACAAAAGUUUACUCUUCCAAGUGUCAAUGUGUAUCAUGUUCAUCAUCACUUAGUAGUUACUUUUCCAUAAUGCGGCUGCGGAUGUUUCUUUUAAAAAUUUGUCGAAUGGAAAUGAAUCAGGUUCAGUGUCUUCACCCUACGUCGCAGCUUGUGCCUCCUCUGCUUCUGCAUCUGUUGCUUGGAGCAGCCGUGUCGAGCAACCAACAGUCGCAGUGCCUGAUGUGAUGGUAUUUUUCAACAUGAAGAUAUUCACUUGAUUUUCAUCUGUGAUGACUACAACUAGUAGUACCGCUUCUACGUAUAACUCCUUCGAUGUUCCUGCACAACCGAAGUAGAUUUGCUUACAUGCAAGAAGAUGCCUUGAGAGUUCUUACAGUCAGCGUCUCGUAGAAAGCAGCGCUACUUGUUCAAGAAAUGUUGAUAGUAGAUACCACAAGAACAAGCAUCGAACUCAAUGAUAUCACAGGGACAGCAUGGGUUCCAUUCUGUGGAUCCGGACCCGAGUGGUCCUUAUUGGACAAUGGUGCCAGUCGCAGUUCCUUAUUCCAGUCUUCGUAAUUUUGAUGCGUGGAUGAAGAUGGCACCUCUACAUCCUUGCGGAAGCCCCUCGCUUGGCAACUUGGUACCGGAUUUCCGACAGAUGACCUGCGAUCCGCAACCUCCUAAUGAAGUUCUGGCGCAGCCACCACAGCAGGAAGAUCCUCUAUUAGCACCAGAAGGUGGAGGUAACAGUAACUCGAACGUUUUCCAUGCUAGUAGUGGUUGUUUGUCUGGUGCACCAUUUAGAACACAAGUGGAGCACCAGCAAGAACCGCUUUUAUCUGAAGCAACGUCGGAGCAAACAAAGAUGACCACCUCCGAUGAAGCCCAGCAGACUCUUCUUUCAUCUGACGAUGUGGUGGAUGAGGUUGAGGAUAAAGAUAAUGCCGUCUGUGUAUUUAGGCUUGUUGAUCUGAAUCAUGGUGGAUCUUCAACGGAGCAACUUCUACCUGGUGAAGAAGAGGAGAAGGGACAACCCAAAGGUAUCCUCACCCCUGAUAAUCUGGACGACUUGUGUGAUCAAUAUAGACCUUCACCUACACUUGCAUCGCUGGGCAACAUCCCUGUUGUGUGGUCUUCGCCUUCUUCCGCAGCGCUGUCGACUCUUCCAAGUUGCGCCUCACCAGAAUCUUCGGUAAAAUUUUUGCGUCAGUAUAUUCCUGAACAUUCUCAUUGUUCUCUUUUGUUUUCUCGAUGAUGUGCCUGUAGAUGGAUCUUUCGAACACGUUGCCAUGUCGGUUUUUCACAUAUAUGGUUGACCUGCUCAUGUACUGAAAAGGUGGCCGGGUCGGAGUCAAUAGCGGGGAUUCGCGCGAAUAUUCACGGCGAGCCACUUACGCAGGACCAGAAAGAUCUGCUUGAACACGAAAGGAAAUGGGCUCAGUUCCUCUAUGAACACACACGCGCAGGUGAAGCAUAUCAGAAGCAAAAACAGGGAGAGGGGUGGACGUGGAAGAGCAGACCUGUCGGUCAGAGCAGCUUUUAAGAUAUCAUACUUAUACUAGGUUUUACUCAGUGCAUUACUAGCCAACUAAGAAGUUGCGGCUUUUGUAUAUAAUGUUUGAACUUGAGUUUGAGUAUGAUUUCUCUGAUUGAAUAUGACAGCCCAUGCAGCUACUUUUGCAAUCUACGAGUGAAUGUAAGCCAAUGUGUGUAGUUCUCCAAUUAUGCUACUGUUUAGUGUUGCUUUUGUCUACAGUCUUCACGUGUAUAUAGACGUGUUGGGUUUCGUCGGUCUACGAGUUGAUCAUCCCUGCUUUGGAAUCGGUGAGCAAAGGCAUGCCAGCCUUGGGGCUGUCUGUGAUCGUUUAGAGGGUGGCUCCUUUUUACGCGAGACACCGGGAGUCCUGAUCGCAGGGGGUGCUCAUGAUCAGGACCCUGACCCUUCCUGCCCGUUGUGGGUAUGCUCAUCGGUGACCUUUCAUCUUAUCAUCUUAUUACCUCCGAUCAUCCCACUUCCCUACCUCCAAUGUUUCCCUUCCGAAUUUCACAAAGUCAAACUUUAGGAAGCGUUCAAGAGUAAUUGACUUCUGUUGGUGAGGUUUUUAAUACCGAUUGACUAGCCUCCACAAGCUUCGCCCGGCUUCAAGUUAGUUUAGCACUUUUCUGCGGCCUCCCACGGGCUACAGCCGCUAGAGUAGAGACAGCCCGCGGGUGAGCUGUUGCACCUUACGAAUUGACUACGACAAGAGCCGAGUGCCGGCGGUGGCCGACUCAGAUGCGUCGACUCAUGUGCAGGGCAUUGCGCUGCCUUCGGUUCUUUUUUGAGAUUGCCGGGCGGGUCAUGCAAAUUCUUAAGAAUUUGCAAGACCCCCACGGCAUUCCAACAAAAAAACCAGAAGAGAGCCACCAGACACGCACAAGAAUCCGCAAGCCCCAACGCACGCAAGCGCCUCGCGGUGGCGCCAGACAAGAACGUGGGGCGACCUUGAUGGGCCAAACAAGACAAAGCAACGCAGGGCCGCGCUGCUUGGGUCUCUCUACGCGCUUACACCUGGCGGGGCUUCUUUGUUUCGUCAGAUGUCUCUCGUCAGAAACAGACGGGCGCACUUCGCGGGGUCGUGCGGCGUCGCGCUUCGGGCUGUGGCUGAAGCCUCUCGGCUGGCUGACGUCUUUCAUCAAGCUGGAGACUAAGGCCCUCCAUCAGGCUGAUGCCGUUCGUCAGACCAACGCUCUGCGCCAGGCUGGCGGCGUUCGUCAGGCAGGCCGGCGCCCCUCGGCAGGCGUCUUGGGUCAGGCUGAGGCUUUUCGUCAGGGUCGGGCGACGUCUCUCGUCAGGCUGAAGCGCUUCGCCUGGCUGACAUUCCUCGCCGGGCCGAGACUCACGCCUUUGGUCAGGUUGAUGGCUUGCUUCAGCUCGGCGCCGUUCGUCAGGCUGAUGCACUCGCCAGCCAGGUGAGGCCUCUCGCCAGACCGGCGCAAUGCUUCGCCAGGCGUCUGCCUUGCGUCGGAACAGGCUGAGCGGGGCCUUUCUUCGGGCUGCGCAUGUCUUUCCUUCGUAAGAUUGAUUUCGUUCUUUCGUCGGACUGACGUGCUUCGUUCGCCAGAUUGACCGCGUUCGCCGGACUGACGUCCUUCGCGAAAGUAGGUCUUCGCUAUCUUCAAGGGCCUCGCGCCACAGGGAGGCCUCGCGUCAGUUUUUCUGGCGGAGGUCGUUCGUCAGGUGUCUGCUGUCGCGGGUCUCACUCUUUUCUUGUCGGAGGUCUUGGGCCCAAAGGUCGUCUUUGGUCCACAGGUCGCCGGUGGUCCACAGGUCGCCUGUCGCCCAAAGGUCGCCUGUGGCCCAAAGGUCGUCUUCGGUCCAAAGGUCGGCUUUGGUCCAAAGGUCGUCUGUGGUCCAGAGGUCUUUUUUGGUCCAGCGGUCGUCUUUGGUCCAAAGGUCGCCUUACUUUGGUCCAAAGGUCGCCCUACUUUGGUCCAAAGGUCGCCCUACUUUGGUCCAGAGGUCGAAGAGUCGCCUUACUUUGGUCCAAAAGUCGCCCUACUUUGGUCCAGAGGUCGGCGCACUUUGGUCCAAAGGUCGGCUUACUUUGGUCCAAAGGUCGGCUUACUUUGGUCCAAAGGUCGCCUUACUCAGGUCCAAAGGUCGCCUUACUUUGGUCCAAAGGUCACCUUACUUUGGUCCAAAGGUCGCCUUACUUUGGUCCAGAGGUCGCCGCACUUUGGUCCAGAGGUCACCUGUGGUCCCGCGGUCGUCUUCGGUCCCAAGGUCGUCUUUGGUUUCAAGGUCGUCUUUGGUCCCAGUGUCGUCUGAAGUCCCAAGGUCUCCUGUGGUCCAGAGGUCGCCUGUGGUCCAAAGGUCGCCCCUGGGUCAAAGAUCGCCUUUGGGCCAAAGAUCGGCGUUGGGUCAAAGAUCGCCUGUGCUCCAAAGGUCGUCCAAAGGUCGCCUUUAGUCCGAAGAUCGCCCUUGGUCCAACGAUCGCCCUUGGUCCAAAGAUCGUCUUUGGUCCAAAGAUCGGCUUUGGUCCAUGUGUCUUUGGUCCAAGGUCUUUGCCCUUUCGGCGGGCGGUCUUUCGUUGGCUGUCUCUCUUUGGACUUUUCUCCCCAGCUUGCGCCCCCACCCCCGUCGGCCAUUUUUCUGCCUUCUUUUCUGGUGGUCUGCCACGGGGCCGCAACGUAAAUCCCAAAAAGGAAACGGCCGGAGGCUAUCGGGCUUGAGACUGAGGGGAAAGGGCAGGAGGCUAUGGGCAAUAGCUUCGCGAAAGAAGCUGACUAAUCUCCGGUGGGUUAGGCGGGGAGUUUUAUGGCGGCGAUCAAUGGCGAGAUUAAUAAUAUAGAUUAAUAGCCUGUUCCUCAGGAACCUCCUGGCCUCUGCUUACCCUCGCAGGCUGGAGGUCUCCGGGGUAAAAGGGCGCCGAAGGCGGCCACGGUCUCAAGAGCAAGCAAGCCGAUGACCAAGGGCCCGGAGGGUGCAGGCCGCACGGCUUAGGGGGUCCAGCCCCUCGCCUUUUGCCGCCUUCGGAGGCCUUCCACACCUCGGGCGCAUUUAUGGCACAAGCAGGCAGCUGGCAGGGGGCGGAGGCGGUCCCUUGCGCCCCUCUUGAAGCCUUCCACCUACAUCGGAGGGCUGUAGGGUACAGCCAGGCAGCUGGAAGGGAGCGGAGACGAAGGUCCCCUGGGCCCCUUUUGAGGCCUUCCACCCCCGGCAGACGGCUUCCGAAAGGGUCCGGGGCUACCGGUGCGCCCCCUGCGCUAGGGGGGGCGCCGUAGCCCUGCGCCCUGGGUCAUAUAUAAAGAUGCAACACUUUUAUGAUAGUCGAUAGAGUAGUUUAUAGACGGUGGGAAGGUGGGCACGGUGGGCGACGCUGGGCCGCUGGGCGGCCACGCUUGGCACGGUGGGCGGACCCUUGGCACACAUGGGGGGCACGCUGGGCGCGUAUAGCGUUGCCCCGCUGCUUCCGCCAAUGUACAAGGUCGGAGUCGAGGGCGGCGCGGCGCUGUGCUCCUUUGCGGAGUGGCCACGUUCUCGCAGGUUGCGGCGCUUCGCUGCUGUAUGCAGUGCCGCCUGGGUGUGCAGAGUGCGGCGCAGCGCUGCAGUGUGCCCCAGUGCUCUGCGGCAAUGUGCGGCCAGUUCUGCUGAGGGAUAUUCCCAGGCGGGCCAGUAGGUGGGCGCCCCGAUUCGUAUGCAGAUUGCUGCGGAUCCAGGGCGCAUGCGCUUACUCUGCCGGGGGGCUUCAGAAAUGGGCGCCCGGACGGCGCCCUGAUUUAUUUUUGACCCCAAGUCUCACGGUGGGCGCACGGUGGGCGACAUCUUCCGCAGAAGACCCACUUUUGGGCCGCGCCAAGCGUGCCCACCGAUCCAAUCCUGGAGAGGGAAUAAACUUUCCUGUUAUGAUAUUUCUAUUUGGAGGUGCAUUAUAACGAUUGGAGGCGCAUUAUAACGAUCAGAAUCAUUGCUCUGUCGUGAUUUGGAUCGUCGUGUGGGCCUUUCCCUACCGAGAUCCCUGGAGGCAGACCUUCAACGUAGCUAAUUACUUAAGUUAAUUUGUAAAGUUAUUUUGCGUUUUUCGCAUAACAAGAAUUUGCAAUCUAUCAUGGUUGACACUUCGUCUUCUUCUAAAAAAUUUUACACGGUAGAAGGCGCACAGACAGCGAUGAGAGCGGCGCGCCAUCUUCAACCACGGAGGAACGCGUCCGUGCCAGUACCACCAGUGGCGCAGGUGCAGACAGCAUCAUCCCUGUCAGAAGUUCUUGCUCCGAUAUUACCAAGCGCUGCACUACCAUCACAACCGCCAGAGCUAGCAGUAGUAGGAGUUCGUCUGGUGAUGCUGGGCGUCCCAGUAUGGAAGUAGACGAGUUCGAAAAGAUCAGUAGCAGCCCUGUGAGCAACGGGAGCGACGAUGCAAGCGCGACAGAUGAUUCCGGGCUACGUGCGUUUGUGAAAUGGCGCGCUCCGCAACUUGCUGCGGCCCCUCCUACGGAGCCGAUGAAGGUCAAGACGGCCGCAUGGGCUGAUCUCAACCCUGUGGAAGAGGAGCAGAAAGUAGCAGGCACGAGUGGCGACGACUUGUCUUGUCUUCCUACGAAGACAGGCCGG